GUGUGGAAAUACCCCCGGCCUCCAUGGCCCUUCCCGUCCCUUGGCUCACACCUGACCGUGUCCAGUCCAGCUCUCCGUCAACCAGAGUCGACAUGCCGCGGUCCUUCCUGGUGAAGAAGCAUCAAAGCGCCAAGAAACACGACCGUGGAGCAGCCAAGACCCGGACCCAGGAGCCUCCCUGCAGCUCACAUGAAGACUCUCUCCUGCACAGUGACAUCCACCAUCACCAUCCGGCCUCAGACCACUGGCUCCAUCAGAAAACCCCGUCUUUGUCUCUCAGAGGAGACAGACUGCCCGUUGCAUCUUCUCCAAACACCUCCCCUCUCUCCGUGGAGCUUUACAGCCGAGGCCCCGCGGACGCCUACAAACUCUCAGAGUCCUGCACACAGGUGAACCUCCCUCUUCUGGACCUGUUUCCGGCCGUUCCUCUGGGCGACAGCAGCCACGAGAGCUUCGGGUGUUUGGACUGUCAUAAAGACUACUUGAGCUUCUCGGGUUUGGCCAAACACAAGCAGUGGGGCAACAAGAAGUCCUUCAGCUGUAAGUACUGCGAGAAGGAGUACGUCAGCCUGGGCGCGCUGAAGAUGCACAUCAGGACGCACACGCUGCCCUGUGUGUGCAAACUCUGCGGCAAAGCCUUCUCCAGACCGUGGCUGCUUCAGGGACACAUACGAACGCACACAGGAGAGAAGCCGUUCUCCUGCCUCCACUGCAGCCGAGCCUUCGCUGACCGGUCCAACCUGCGAGCUCACCUCCAGACCCACUCCGAAGUGAAGAAGUACCAGUGCACAAGCUGCUUCAAGACCUUCUCCAGGAUCUCACUGCUGUCCAAGCACCAAGAGGCAGGCUGCCCUCUUUCCUGACCUUUGACCUGCUCCAUUGAGCUGAACAACAACGUGUGGGGCUGUUAGAAGAAGCCAUAUCUGCUACUUUCUUUGCAAACGUUGGCGUCUCACAACGAUUUUCUGAAGAAAUGGAACUAAAUUACUGUUUCCAGUGAGAACCGCCUCCUCCUGUCGGCUACGUCUGUGAACGGGCGUCUUCACACCGAGUAUGGAUCUGAUUCUCUGAGCAUUAACGACCUGGUCAUUAAGUGACAAAUAGUGAAAAGUGUUAAAGAGCAAACUUGAACGUCGGACACGUUAUAGGAAUUCACACGCGGCUUCUUCCUUGUCAGCUCAUUUAUUUAGUGCUGAACUCCACCAGGAUAGAGUGACACAGUUGUCUUGUUUCUGCAUUAGAAUAAAAACUGAGUGACUGAAAGUUUAGAAGAUUUGUUUUGUUCUGCCGGGAUGUAUCAUGUAUUGUAUAAUUUUGUAUUAAACUUGGUAAAAUAAUAA